CUUCAAUCCAACGUAACCUUUAUCUAAGUCGACUACACCGUCAACUGGUUCCGCCCCGACUCCAAAUUCGUCCUCGGCAAGACAUCUCCCAAGCCUCCCACGGGCACCCAGAAGAUCUCUUGGAGACUCUCCGUCUGUAAAUUGAUCGCCUCGAAUCUUUGCUACCGAAUACGACUGAUCAAAUUGCUAGUUUCGGGGCCGGAAGGUUGCAUCGACCAUCCUCGCCGUGCACUCGCGAGUCGGCAGUCAAAACACCGAAACGCAGAAGGCACCCGCCAGCAGCUUUGUCCCAGCGGUUGAAGAGUAUCCGUGGAACACCCCAAGCCGACUCUCCUUUGGUGGGCGAGUCGGUUGAUGACAUGAUGUUUGAAGACCUCUUCGCCGACUACAUCGAUAUCCCAAGCUCUCCGAGGAGGAGGAGAAACGAUAUGAUUCCGCCGUCAGCAUCGGAGAAGCCACGUCCAUCAAUCACCUCGUGGGAUGAAUUCUCGCGCCCUCUCCUCAAACAAUUCAACCGGCGAGGGCUGUUGCCCGCCGAGCAACGAUACCUUCUGGACGAAUCUUCCCUGGCCGGCGAAUGAUUCCCUCUGGCAGCAGUAGCAGCGCCCGCCGCCCUCCGUCAGCGCCUUUUCCGAGAGUCUGUAUCGGUUGCACAAAGGAGGCGUAUCGGGAUUGUUUCAUAUAGUUGUGAGGGAGGAGGCCUUAAUAAAGUCUUUUGUACGACAGGAGAGAGAUCACAUCACCCAUCGACAUGGUCCCUGGACAGCGUAAGAUUGAUGGAAUCUUCAGAGCUUGGUGGGCGAAGACUACUUGAUGAUGUAAGAGCGGAAAAAGCGAUGAUUGAGAAUGGCGAGAUGAACGAAUG